CCCAACCCAAACCCUACUUUCUCUCUUGUUUCUCUCUCUAGCAUUUCCACGAGAUGAAGAACUCGACGUUACGGAGAAAUACGACCUCACGGCCGUGGAGCACUCCUCCCUCCGCCGCCAAACGCCGACCCCCUCGAAAUCACAAAUCCUCCGACGACAAAGAGAACCAUGCUCCUCCUCCUCCUCAGCAACAUUUCAAAAGCCCUUUACCCCCAAGACCUCCCCCUUCAACUCCCCACCCAAACCCUCUCAAACGCAAGCUACCCGAAAAUUCCCUUCCCGCCGCAACCGCAACCGCAACCGCAACCACUUCCUCCGAUUCCGGCGUCAAGGUAAUUGUGAGGGUGAAGCCACUCUGCGGCGGUGACAACGACGAAGGAGGUUUUAUAGUUCACAACAUUUCCACUGAUUCCCUGUCCUUCAACGGCCAGAAUUUCAAAUUUGACUCUGUCGCUCACGCCGACACUACUCAGCUUGACAUUUUCGAGCUUGUCGUGCCUCUUGUGGAGAAUUGCUUAGCUGGGUUCAACAGCUCUGUGUUCGCUUAUGGGCAGACUGGGAGUGGAAAGACUUACACCAUGUGGGGUCCUUCCAAUGCUUUAUAUGAUGAGCAUUCAACAAAUGAUCAACAAGGCCUUACGCCUCGUGUUUUUGAGCUACUCUUUGCCCGCAUAAAUGAAGAGCAACCUAAGCAUUCUGGCGAGCAACUCAUGUAUCGGUGCCGCUGCUCUUUCCUUGAGAUAUACAACGAGCAAAUAACAGAUCUGUUAGACCCGAGUCGAAGAAAUCUACAGAUUAGAGAAGAUGUCAAAUCUGGUGUCUAUGUAGAAAAUCUUACAGAGGAGCAUGUGUGUACAAUGAAGGAUGUGAUUCAGCUUUUGGUGAAGGGAUUGAUAAACAGGAGAGUAGGUGCUACCUGUAUAAAUUCUGAAAGUUCCCGUUCACAUACUGUCUUUACUUGUGUUGUUGAAUCUCGAUGCAAGAGCAUUGCAGAUGGAAUAAGCAAAUUUAAAACAAGUAAAAUCAAUCUUGUUGAUCUAGCUGGGUCAGAACGACAGAAAUUAACCGGUGCAUCAGGAGACCGUUUGAAGGAAGCUGGCAAUAUUAAUAGAUCACUUUCACAGCUUGGGAAUUUGAUAAACAUUCUUGCUGAAAUUUCUCGGACAGGAAAACAGAGGCAUAUACCAUAUAGAGACUCUAAACUGACAUUUUUAUUGCAGGAGUCUCUUGGAGGAAAUGCAAAAUUAACAUUGGUUUGUGCUAUUUCCCCUGCACAAAGUUGUAGGAGUGAAACUUUUAGUACAUUGAGAUUUGCACAACGUGUCAAAGCUAUCAAGAACAAAGCAGUUGUUAAUGAAGUAAAGCAUGAUGAUGUGAACCAAUUACGAGAAGUGAUACGCCAACUCAGAGGUGAGCUGCAUCAAAUUAAAACAAAUGGUUGCACUCCAAGUGAUGAAAGUAGAGGUCAUCCAGCAGCUUGGAUCCGAAGAAGUUUGAAUUUAUUGCAGUCUAGCCUCAAUCACCCAUUUUCACUACCUCAUGUUGAUGAUGAUGGUGAUGAGGAGAUGGAGAUUGAUGAGGAUGGUGUUGAGGAUCUUGCUGUAGUUCACUACAAUCCUAGUGGAGGUUCUGAUGGUUCUUCUGCAACCAAUGGAUCCAUUAGCUUUCCAGGGGAAGCAAUGAAUUGUAACGCCCCUGCUAACCUCAGUCUAGCUCAACACAAUACAUCCCCCAUCCUCAAAUCCCCAACCCCGAGUGUUUUGCCAACAAUCAGCAACAGCAGGAAAAGUUUGAAGACCUCAUCUAAACUGUCUCCUUCUGAGAAUUAUCUUCAUGGUGAAAGUGAUCUGGGUACAAAAACUGUCAAUGAGGAAAUCUUAUCUACUGCUCUCUCUAGUCAGACAUCUCCAAUUUUCCUUACUAAAACUGUCAAUUUACCAGAAAGCACCCUCCAUGAUCGUGAAACUAUUGAUGGCCAACAUCAUGGUGCAGCUCUGGGGCUGUCAUCAUUGAGGCUCUCACUGAGACCCAAGGAUUCCGAGCUAGUUUUUCCAGUGGACAAAGUUGAUGUGGGAGUGCAAACUUUUCCUGAAGAUGAUGUCAGAGAGGAAAAUCCUGUUGUGUUUAGCUGUAGUAAAUGUAAAGGCAGAAUACAGCUUGAUGUUGACAAGAUUGUCAAUUGCUCAAAUAUGCAGCUGGUACCUGUUGAUUGCCCUGAGUUCACUGAUAAACCAAAGAAGCAAGUUCUAAAAUUGAGUGAAGUAGAGAAGGUUUUGGCAGGAUCCAUAAGGAGAGAAAUGACACUUAAGGAGAUCUGUGCAAAGCAGACUUCUGAGACAAUGCAACUAAACCGCUUGUUGCAACAGUACAAGCAUGAGAGGGAAAACAAUGCCAUAAUAGCACAGACAAGGGAAGAUAAAAUUCUUCGCCUUGAGAGCCUCAUGGGUGGUGUUUUGCCCUCUAAGGAAUACAUGGAUGAAGAAUUGGUGUCCCUCACACAUGAACACAAGCUUUUAAAGGAGAACUAUGAGCACCAUCCAGAAGUUCUGGAGAUGAAGAUAGAGUUAAAAAGAGUACAAGCAGAGCUACAAGAAUAUCAGGAUUUCUUUGAAUUUGGGGAGAGGGAAGUGUUGAUGGAAGAGAUAUGUAAUUUAAGAAAUCAGCUUCACUUUUAUAUAGGCUCUUCAUCCACAUCUGCUAAAAAGCAAUAUCCGCUAUUGCAAUUGACUUCUUCAUCUGAACCCAGAUCGGCAGCAUACGUCACUGCCAUUCCAGAUUCAACAGAGGCUAGUGCUGAGGUAAAUGCAAAUCCAGAAUCAACCAAAGACAGCACCAAAGUAAAACUUGAACAAGAAAUAAUUCAAUGGAUUGAGGCAGAAAGUAAGUGGAUUUCUCUUUUUAAAGAGCUGAGAGCUGAGCUUGAAGAUAGCAGGUCAUUAGCUGAAAGGAGUAAGCAGGAACUAGAUGCUGAGAGGAAGUGCACUGAGGAACUGAAUAAUGCAAUGCAAAUUGCUAUAGAAGGCCAUGCACGAAUUUUAGAACAGUACGCAGAUUUGGAAGAGAAGCACAUCCAAUUACUUGAGAGGCAUAGAAUGAUCCAUGAAGGAAUUGAUGAUACCAAAAAAGCAGGAGUAAAAGGUGCAGAAUCUAAACUCACAAAAGCCCUUGCUGCAGAAAUUUCAGCAUUAAAAGCAGAAAGAGAAAAGGAAGGGAAAAUCCUAGAAGAUGAAAAUAGAGGGCUUCAGGCUCAAUUGAAGGACACCACCGAAGCAGUGCAAGCUGCAGGCGAACUGGUUGUGCGGCUAAAAGAAGCAGAAGAAGUUCUAAUUACCGCACAGAAGCGUGCGAUGGAUGCCGAGCAGGAAGCUGCGAGGGUCUACAGACAAAUGGAUAAAUUGAAGAAGAAACAUGCGGAGGAGAUUAGCGUACUUAAUGAGCUCAUUGCUAAAACACGUUUGCCAGAGGAAGAUGUUCAACCUCCUUGUGAUGAUUCUGUCAUACCUACUUAUGAUGACACCAAGAUGUCACACCCUCUUAAUAAUCAAUUUGAGUCAUUUUAUUAUGAAGAGGACGGUGAACUUGAAAAAUUAGCAGAACAAUCACCGUUUUCUGGUUAUGACAGAUGCAACAUAUAGAUUGAUCACACUAAGGUAAAUAGUAGUAAUGUUCAGUUUGUGUUUGUUCGUUCGUAUGAUUUGUGUUCAAUUGUCUCUUUCCUUGCUCUAAAGCGCAAUUUGAAUAGCCAGACUUAGCCCACCGGAGUUAAUGGAUUAGAAAGUGUGAGGAGUUCUGCAUUAAUCUGCUGUGAGGAAUCAAUAUAUUUAGGACUUAGGGCUAUUGACAUUAAUGAAUUGAAGAGACAAGGUUCAAAAAAGAACUGUGGAGAAAGCCAUUUUAGCUGAAAAAAUUGAAGAUAUGUGAUCAUUGCUUGGUCAAUUAUAACGUUGUCGCAAGUUUUGCCUUAGUUUCCUAUGAGAAACCAGUCUACAUUGGUUAGUUGGUAAUCGUAGUUUCAUUUUUGGGUAUGCCCACACUAGUUCAUGGAUAUGUGU